UACGCCAGUCUCUUCCUCUUCUUCGUCAUCAACAAUGGCGAAAAUUCAUACAUAAAACCAAGAAAGAAUCCCAAAAUCAUCUUCUCUUUGAUUGCCCUGAAGAGGGUGUGCAUGGGGUAGAUUGCACGGUCGAGUUGGAACUUAGCGGUAGAGGACGACUCGUCUCAACAGCAGGCCCUCCUCGUCUCCACUUCAAAUUUCAAUCGGCGCCACAUUUGGGUCUGUCGGGGGUCUCUUCAUUUCCUAUGUUGCCCUCACCGCCUUGUCUUCUCUCCAACUUCUUCAAUCCCGACACAAAACUUGCUAUGAAAGCGGCCACAAUCGAUGAAUUGAUUGAUAGGGAUAACGACGAUGGUCGGUGUCGGAAUCGCUGAGCAAUAACGAAGAAGCAGCGACGAUGGUCGGUGAUGGAGCAGUAACACAAUCGAUGAGCCAAGGUUAGGGUGCUAACACUCAAUUUGUUAGCAUAUUCUGAACAUUUCGGUUUGAUGACUUUUUCAUUUUAAGGGGUUCACUAUAAUGAAUGUUGAUUUUAAAAGGGAGGGGCACGAUUGUCAUUUUUAAAAAAUUAUAGGGGGAUACACAUGUGGCGCUUCUCAUUUAUUUUGUGCCUCAUCCUGACCACAAGUAUCAUGAAGCGGACCAUAAAACACAACCAACCACAUCACAAAUGCCGUUAAGUAAACAAAAAGCACAUGAAGUAUACUUGAACCUCACCACACCACAAAAUUCAUAAAGCAUAUUAGAAAACUCAAGUCCCAUGAAAUAGAUCAAAACCCUCAUAGAGCGGAUCACAAGUUUCUCAAAACAGUCUUAAAGCAUACCACAAGUUCCUUGAAGCACAUUAGAAACCUCAUAAAGCUGAUCACAAUUUUCUUAGACCAAACAGAAAACCUCAUAAAGCGGAUCACAAUUUUUUUUGAAGCACACUAAAAAUUUCAUAACGCUAACCACAAAUUUCUUAAAAGUAUAUAGAAACUUCAUUAAGCAGACCACAAAUCACAUCAAAAACGUCAUAAAACUAACCACAAAUAUCUUAAAACAUACUAAUAGUGUUAUAAAAACAUAUCACAAAUUUUCGAAAACAAACAUCUAACCCUAAUAGUAAUUUUAAGGUUAGGCUAAGAAGUAAAAGCUAAGUUGACUCAACCUUUGACCAUACUUUGCAAAGCUUCUAAUUAGGAAACUUCCAACUCAAGAAGCGAAUCGUCUUCCAAUUUCCACGGAACAAGCCAAGCAAAAAUCCAAUAACGUUAAAAAGUUGCCUGUAAUUAUUGUCUGAAUUUUCCGUCCAAGUUCUUCUCUUGCAGUUUAAUAUUCCAAACCCCAAUCGCAAAAAGAUAAAACAGACGUAAUCCCAAACACAAAAGGUCACUCCUUGACGGCCGCAGCCUUCCAUUUGUCCUCCCUUCCUCCUCCACCUCCUUCAGUUUCGUCCGCACUCGAUCCUUCUGCUUCGAUGAAACCCAGAUCGUUUCCUCUUCUGGGUUGGAACAAUUCGUCCCCAAUCUUCAUUUUACCAUCUCCUCCAAGCCUCUGUUUAUUCAAUUGUCCGUGCCAGUCUUUGGAGCUCUAGUGGGUUUGGUUUCGCGAUGCAAAUUUCUGAUUCAUCGGAGAUUGUCUCUGAGCUGCAGUCCUCACCGCCGGAUGCCGAGGUUUUCUCCGAGUUUCAGCUCCUCGUGGAGAAGUUCGACCCAAUUCUGGUCCACAUUAGAAACAGCCAGUCAGCCGUGGCUAAGGAACCGGUUCGGAAGGCGAUCGAAUCGCUCGACAGAGAGCUUGGAAAUGCUAAGGCCUUGAUCGCCAAUUGUGCUAGCGAGUCGAGAUGGGUGGUACCCAUUAAGCGGGUUGAGGAGAUGACUCGAGAUCUGGGCAGAUCGUUAGGCCUUGUCCUGUUUGCUGGGAUUGAUCUUCCUAUGGAGAUCAAGGAGACGGUUGCAGCGUUUCACAGAGAGCUGAUGAAUCGCAGGUUUGGUACUACAAGUCUAAGUUCUAGCCCAACCCGCAGCCAGAGCAAUUUUUCUGCUGCUAAUCUUAGUCCGAAGUCAAGUCAAGAGUCCAGUGGUGUCGUCAACGAGCUAGAAUCAGUCAUUGCAGAGCAGGGUGCUGCUACUCUCAGCAGUGAGGAUGUUGCCUUGCAGCUCAAGUAUGGAAAUGAUGAAGAGUUUCGUGUUGCACUUUUGGGAUUGCAGAAUUUGAUUGGGAAUGAAAUGGUGGAUAGAGAAUGGAUUGAUGAUGAAGGGAUUCUCGUAAUCUUGUUCAAUCGUUUAGGUUCAAGUAAAGCUGAUGAUCGGUUAGCUGGCAUUCAAACCCUGAGAAACCUUGCUUUGACGUAUGCUGAAAUCAAGGACAGGAUGGGAGAUGCCGGGAAUCUGUCAUUGCUCGUGCAAUCGUUAGCACGGAACAUGGAUGAAGGGAGGGAAGCUGUGGAAUUGUUGCUUCAACUGUCUGAAGUUUCAUCAGUGAGGCGAAGGAUUGGGAAAGUUCAGGGAUGCAUUGUGAUGUUAGUUGCGAUGACACUGAAUCGAGACGAUCCAACAACAGCAGCCUCCGCUGAUGCAGCUGCCAAGCUGUUGGAUUCAUUGUCAAGCAAUGUCCAAAGCGCCCUUCACAUGGCUGAGGCUGGCUACUUCUACCCCUUGGUCCACCAUCUCAAGGAAGGUUCAGAUAUGAGUAAGAUUCUCAUGGCAACAGCACUUUCCAGAAUGGAGCUCACAGAUCAAAGCAGAAGUUCAAUCGGGGAAGAUGGAGCCAUAGAGCACUUAGUAAGCAUGUUCAAAGCUGGCAAGCUUGAAGCCAAGCUAUCUGCUUUAAGCGCAUUGCACAAUCUGUCAAGGGUUGAAGAUAAUGUAAAGCGUUUGAUCAGCUCGGGUAUUGUAGUACCUCUACUUCAGUUGCUCUUCUCGGUGACUUCUGUUCUCAUGACCCUCCGAGAACCAGCUUCAGCCAUACUUGCCAGGAUCUCUGAAUCUGAGUCCAUUCUAGUACAUCAGGAUGUAACAGCUCAACAGAUGCUCUCUCUGUUGAAUCUGUCGAGCCCAGUAAUUCAGUGUCACCUCCUGAAAGCUCUCAACAGCAUUGCUUCCCAUGCCAGUGCCUCCAAAGUUCGGAAGAAGAUGAAAGAAAAUGGCGCUAUCCAUCUUCUGCUGCCAUUCCUGACCGAAACAAACACAAAUAUAAGAGGUGCCGCUUUGAACUUCCUUUACACCCUCUCUAAAGAUUCAGCGGAAGAAUUAAUGGAACAGAUAGGGGAAUACCACCACCUUUGCAACAUUAUCAAUCUGAUCUCAUCAUCACUGGUAUCCGAAACUGAGAAGGCUGCUGCGAUUGGAAUCCUGAGCAACAUUCCUGUCAAUGACAAGAAGGCAACAGAGAUGUUUAAGAAGGCUAACUUGCUGCCAGUUCUCAUCUCAGUGAUGAAUUCUUCCUCUUCCUCGACUUCACCACAGACUAGAGACUGGUUAGCAGAGAGCAUUGCCGGGGUAUUGAUUCGCUUCACGAUUCCUUCGGAUAAGAAACUGCAGCUUCUUGCAGCAGAACUGGGCCUGAUCCCCUUGCUCGUGAAACUACUGUCAGUUGGCUUUCCUUCAGUGGCAAGGCAACGAGCAGCGACUUCACUCGCACAGCUGUCUCAGAACUCGCUAGCCCUCAGCAAGUCGAGAAGACCGAAGUGGAAAUGCAUGCCUCCAUCUGCGGACACAAUUUGCAAAGUUCACGGUGGCUGUUGCUCCGUAAAAAGCACGUUCUGCUUGGUGAAGGCAGGUGCUGUUCGGCCCUUGAUCCAGAUGCUGACAGUGGAAGAAGGCGGAGAGAGAGGCGCAGGAGAAGAAGGAUGUGCAGCAGCAGCACUCACUGCUCUCGCGACUCUCCUCGAAGACGAGAUAUGGGAGAAAGGAAGCAGCUUUUUGGCUGUUGAAACGUCAGCGGUCCAAGCAAUAGUGAGAGCACUGGGAUCCAAGGAUGUCAAGGCUCAGGAGAGAGCCUUGUGGAUGUUGGAGAGGAUUUUCAGGAAUGAGGAAUUCAGGGGAGAAUAUGGGGGACGUGCUCAGGUUUUGCUGAUUGAUCUUGCCCAGACUGGUGAUCCCAGGUUGAAAUCAUCCAUUGCCAAAGUAUUGGCCCAGCUCGAGCUCCUGCAGUUCCAAUCUAGCUACUUCUAGAGCGACGUUUUCAGUUUCGAUUCGUGGUUCUUCCUAUACUUCUACAUUUGUUUUCUUUAUACUUGUAAAUCUGUCACUUGGCAUGUUUGUUUCCGUUACAUAGGAAGAGGAUGCACUCCAGCUUUAGUGUCAACCACUCUACUUGUUUUGACUGCAAAGUCUAAUUAUGAAGGGUAGAGUGUUGGAAGCUAAAAGUGGAGUGCAAAUCAUAUUCAAGUCAUAUUGUUCUUUCCAUGAAGCCUAAUAAUGUGGUUAGACAUAAACUCAUAAAGCUUUCAUGAUUUGUGAGAUUGUAAAACAAAACUAACCUUCUGUAUUCUGAGUCGCGGUGUGAAUGUAUGUUCCAAUUUAUCUGCAUCAAUGAUUUUUUCAUCGUUACGUCUCAGAUAACGAUGUCCUCUCUCCCUUACUAUUAUCAUGUCUCACACAAUUCGUGGGGGUGGAGGGCAGUAUUGUUUCGUCAUUCGUAGCUUUAGUAUUGGUCGAUUUUCUUUGGUUUCUAUUUUGGUUGGAGUAGUCGGAGUAAAAAACGCUUACCGAC